AUGUAUUUAGAUCCUGACACUAAAUUUUCCGAAAAAUAUUUCUUAUCUUUAUUCAAGCUUUGGCUGUUUGUAAAAAGAAAUAAAUCAUAUUUUGGAAGAAACAGGCAAUCCGUCUUUCCGUUUGCAGAACUUCCGUUUGUUCCAAUGAGAGAGAUUAUCCGUCUGAUGACAGUUCAGGAAAGAAUCAAAUUGGCUUUAACUGCACAUCAGAUGGAGAACUAUGUGGAACUAACAAGAAUCAAAGCGGAUUGCCACUACGUCUAUGUAAAAGAUAAUAAAUCAUAUAUUCAAGUGGAGGUGUCUGAAAGCGAUAGCAUAUAUGUAUAUUGGUACAUUUAUGAAAUGGAUUACCACGAAGCCGAUUGGGUCCGAGUUGAAGACUUGAUGACUAUCCGGAAUAGUUUCAGUGUUUCUCUGAUUUCAAACUAUUUCACUUGUGAUCAUUUGAAUCAGCUAAUUCGCUUCUGGUUCAAAUGUGAUUACUGUAUGUUUCGCCAUUUAACAAUUCACAUGACGGAUUCGUUCCUUGUUACAAGCAUAUUCAAAAGCUUGAUUUAUUUGAGUACUUCUCGAUUGGGACUUCAACAGUUCUUCAUAUUGAGUCAUCGUUAUGAACUCGUUGAGUUCCCAAUUUCUGUAAUUUCUUGGACUGGAACCAAUUUCAAAAUGUCUACAGUACCUAUCCAAGGAGAAUAUAAACAAGAAGCGAAGAUAUUAAAAAUUCUAAUGAGAAAAAAACAACUGGAAGAGGAACUGGAAAGUGGCUCGGAAUUUGAGAACACACGACUUAAUUAUGAGCUACAAAUAUCAAAGCAGCAAUUGGAAAAUCAAGGAGUUUUAUUAGUAAGCGGAACUAUUGUUUUUGAAAGUUAA